AUGCUCAUUGGUCUGUAUCUGGAGGAUCUCUUCUGUCCUCCACCUAGGCCUGGUGCCCCACGACCUGCAGUCCCUGUGGCAGAUAUCAGCCAGCAAGACCAAUCUAUUCUCGACAGCCUGUGCCCUCGGCUCUCGUCCGCUGCACCCAUCCUCAGGAAUCUCAUCGGCUGCAAGGACCAGCGGCGACUGGCGCAAGCGGACGUGAUCAAGGACUGGCUGCCGUUUCAAACACCAGGCGUUCUGAUCCAGCGCCUCAUUGCUCCCGUCGAUCCAAGGACCCCUGAUGGCAAUCGCCUGUGUGGGCAACAGAAGGAGGCCCGGCAUCGCGGCAACCGUCAGGAGUUGAAUUCGGUCAAGUCCAAGCGUUACAGGAACGAUGUGCUGCCAGAUCGUUUGCUUACCACCACCUCGGGCACGAGCGACUUUUUGACGGAAUUGCGCAUCGUGUUCAAGACUACUGCCGAUCUCAAGUGCCUUCUUGGCUGCACCCCCGACGAAACUGAUAAGGGGGAGGCCAAGGUCGUUACAGGGAUCGGCAUGGACGAUCACUGCCCCUGGCUGAAGCGUAGAUGCGAGACAGCGGCCCAACCCAAGGACGCCCCAAGUUCGAUGAAAAAAGCAAGCAGCAUUGGUAGUCGUGCUGGUCGCAAGCGCCGGGCAGAGGAGGAUGGUAUUGCCGAGAAGGAGAGGGGUAGCAAGCGCACCAAGACAACCAUGGCCCAGCAAAAGGCGACGACCACCAAGGGCAAGGCGGCGGCCACCAAGUAA